AUGCCGAAAAGUAUUCUUAGCGAUCAUCGCCUCCUGUCUGCGCUAACGUGGGCGGAGAUCGACGACCUGAUGCUGGCGCGUGUGCAACCACGGCAUCUGAAAGGGGACCGCUCCAUAGACGAGCUGGAGAAUGAAAUUAGGCGCAGCCGUGAGUCAGAGCUGCUGAGGUACCGUUCGCGUCAUGGGCUGCUCGAUAUUGGAAAAAUCGAACAAUCUUUGUUUCGACAGCAGUUUCGAUUUGACAAAGACGAUAUUCCAGAACUGCUCUCUGCGCUGAGAGUGCCUGAAGAGAUCGUCAGCGCUCAGAAUGUUAAGGUAUCUGGCUGUGAAGCCUUGUGCAUCACAUUGCGCCGGCUGGUGUACCGCAACCGAUGGUGCGAUUUGGAGCCUAUUUUUGGGCGGCAUUCAUCUGUGAUGUCUAGUGUAACAUCACAGGUGAUCAGUCACAUCACAGCAACCUUUGGCUACCUGUUGAGCGAUUGCAACAAUCACCACUGGCUCUCACGUGCUUCGCUCAAGGAUUUUUCGAAUGCCAUCAGAAGUAAAGGGACACCUCUCCAUAAUUGCUGGGCAUUUGUGGAUGGUACUGCUCGGCCCAUAUGUCGCCCAAAGAGAAAUCAACAGGCAUACUUUUCGGGGCACAAGAGGGUGCACUGUUUGAAAUAUCAGUCAUUUAUGUGCCCUAAUGGAAUUAUAUGCCAACUGGAUGGGCCAUACCCUGGCAGGCGGCAUGAUGCAGACAUACUUCAGGAAAGUCAAGCAUACGAAAAGCUUGAGAGGCUUGUCGGCGGGCAGACUUUCGUGGUGUAUGGUGACCCUGCGUAUCCGUUGAGGCCACUUCUAAUGAAGCCUUAUGCUGGUGCCUUCCCCACAGCCUCCCAACGGGCUUUCAAUUAUGGAAUGAGCCAGGUCCGACAGGCAGUCGAAUGGGGAUUUGGUAAAAUUGUUUCUCAGUUUGCCUUCCUUGAUUACAAAAAAAACCAGAAACUCCUCAAACAGGAAGUUUCGCAGAUGUACAAGGGAGCAACAAUCCUUACUAACUGCCACACUUGCAUGUACGGCAGCCAGGUUUCAUCCUAUUUUGGUUUGCACCCUCCUGACCUGGUGUCAUACCUAAGGCUGCCUGCAUGA